UGUGAAUCCUGAUCUAUGUUUUUUUUGCGUCUUGUUUCCUGUUUUUUACUUCUUGUCUCUGUUUCUUCACGUAUUGUUUUAUCGACAAUUGUGUGUUUUGUCGUUUGUCGCUUGCCUCAACUUAAUACUCAACCUGAGUGGUCUAACAUAGAAGAUAAGAAGAGAGCAAAGAAGGAUGAGUAUAAACAGCAGAAAAUUACUUAUUGCAGCAAGUGAGAGUGAUUUAGAAGAGAUGGAUCGUCUUAUUAAAAGAGGGGUAAGUGUUAAUUCUAAAGAUAGAGAUGGUAAUACACCUCUACAUUGGGCAGUUGAGAAUGGUGAUUUAAAAGUUAUUGAGCUGCUUUUAGAUAAAGGAGCGACUGUAAAUAUUAAAAAUAACAAAGGUGAAAGUCCACUAGAUCUUGUUAAACGUAUUAAUAGACAAGAUAUCGUUCAAAUCUUAGAAACAUCAUUGAAUCCAAAACCACAGAUACAACCUCAAUGUGAAAAACUAUUAGACAAACAGUUUGAACAUAAGGCAGGUCAAGUUUCACAGCUCUUGGAUCAAAAUAUCAACCAGAUACCUAGAACAUCAAGACAACAAGAUAAAUUUCGACAAAAAGGUACAAAAAUAAAAGAAGCUAAAAAGUUUGAUAAUUUAGUGUUUGAAUAUAUCAAAGGAGAUGAAAAAAUAUAUCGUUUUUUGCAAACUAAACAUAAGUUAGAUGAAUCUAAAAAAAUUACAGCGAGUAAUUUACUAUCAGAAAGUGAUGAUGAUUAUAAUUUAAUAAAUUAUUUUUUUUCUUAUCAAGACUCUAAAAAUGAAGAGUUAUUUAAAGAUGGUUCAAUUAAAGAUGUUAUUGUUUAUACUAAUAUUAAUUUAAAUUUUGAAAGCUUGAAAAGUGCACAAAUUGGUGUAGAGAAGAUAGAAGAUAAAGAUGAUAUUUUAGACAUUGAAUGUAAUAAAAAACAACCCAUGCGUUAUAAAUUCAGUGAAGAUGUUGUUUCGCUAUUAAAACCAAAAUUACAAAAUUAUGGUUUAGCUAUAUUAAAAAGGACAGCUGAAUAUUCUGACAAUGAGAUAAGAGAUUUUUUAAACCACCUUGUGUUUGCAGUAAAUCAACCUAAUGAAGAAGAGUUAGGUGAGAUUAUCAAAGAAGAGAUAGGUAAAGAAUUUGAUUUUAUCACGACAGAAAAUAUAUAUAAUGAGUUCUUCAUAAAAAUGUUAAAUUGGCUGCAAGGUAAAGAAAGAGGUAUGUUUCUUUCUUAUGAAGAAGGAAAAGAGUUCUUUAAAGAAAUGAGAAGAGGAAUUUGGUUUGGUGUGAGGGAUCCGGUAGAAUCAUUUAUUGGAAGAGCCGUGCAAUUGGAUAAUUUACAUAGAGUAUUGCACGGUGAAGUUAAAACUGUAAUAUCGCAGACUAUUUCCAUAAGUGGUCUUGGUGGAGUGGGUAAAAGUGAACUAGCUAGAAAGUAUAUCAAUAAGUACAGCCAAAAAUAUGAUAACAUUGUAUGGAUAAAUGCUGAAAGUUAUCAAACUCUUGUAAAAUCUUUUCGUAGGUUAGCUUGUGAUAAAUUGAAUAUUAAUACAAAAAAUGCAAAUAGUAAAGAAGAGGAAAUAAAAUCUAUAGUUCAAGAAGUGUAUACAUCCUUUUCUAAUAGAAAGAGUCUUUUUAUUUUUGAUAAUGCUGAAAAAUACACAAGUCAAAAUGAGUUUGAUCAUGGUAUAGAUAAAUUUUUACCUUCUGAACCAUUGGAUAACUAUAUCAAGCCGUAUAUUUUAAUUACUUCUCGUAAUCAGAAAUGGUCAAACAUACAAGUAUUACAGUUAGGUGUAUUUGAUGAGGAAGAGGCAACAGAGUUUAUCAAAAAAUCGCUCAACAUAGAAAAUGAUGCACAGAAAAAAUAUAUUAAAGAAUUGGCGAACAGAUUACAGUUUUUUCCUCUAGCAUUGCAACAAGCAGUAGCAUACAUAAGGGUGCAGGAUGAGAAUUUAAAAAAUGUAGAGUCAAAGUUUACGAUUAGCGAUUAUCUAGAAAGGUAUAGAGAAAAAACAAAGGAGCUUCUUGAUUUUAAAUUUCCAGAAGACAGCGAUAAUGAUUAUAGUAAAACAAUACUUGCAACUUGGAAUGUUACUUUAGAUAUGGUAAGGCAGAGAGAAAGUGGUAAUGAUGCUUUGGAUAUUUUAAAUAUUGUAUCUUACCUAGCUCCUGAAGAUAUACCUAUAAAAAUAGUUUUAAAUUUAAUAAAUGAUGAAACAAAAUUAAGUUCCGCUAUUGAAUUACUGCAACAAUAUUCAAUGAUUAAUUAUAAUUUAGAACAUAAAAUGCUUAAUUUACACAGACUGGUACAGCAAGUGACAAGAAUACAGUUAGAAGAACAAAAUAGAGAAGAAGAGAUUUUAAUAAAAGCCCUAAUGUUAUUUGACAAAAAUAAUGUAAAUUCAGGAAAUGUAGAUCAUGCAAUAUCUGUUUGGAAUUAUUCAAGCAGGUAUAAUACAUUAGUAAACAUGUUUUCUCCUAUUUCAAGUUAUAUUAACGUUGAGCUUAUUAACAGCGCCAGGUACGAGGAAGCAUAUUCAUUUGGGUUAAAAGUAUUAGAGCUAUUAAGUUCUCCAUUAUUAGAUAGUCCUUUCACUUGUGAUGGUCUUUUAUCAACAAAGAACAAUAUAGCUGGAGCACUUCUAAAACUGGGUAAAUACGAUUUAGCUCUGAAAGUUUUUCAGGAGGUUUUUAAUAUCGAAAAAGUUAUCUUCGGACGGUCAGAUCAUCCUAAAAUUUUAACUGUAAAAAGUAAUAUAGCUUUAGUGCUCUGUAACCAAGGUAAAUAUAAUGAAGCCUUAAAAUAUUAUCAAGAAAUACUUGAUAUUUAUAAAAUCACGUUAGAAGAGAAUCAUCCUCAUAUUUUAUCAACUAAACAUGAUAUAGCGGCAAUAUUACUCAUUCAAGGUAAAUACGAUGAAGCUUUACAAAUGCUUCAAGAGAUAUGUAAUAGUGAAGAAGUUACUUUAGGAAAAAAUCAUUCUCAAACUUUAAAUACAAAAAAUUCUAUUGCAAGUGCGCUUGGCCAUCUAAGUAAAUGUGACGAAGCUUUACAGAUAUAUCGAGCGAUAUGCAAUAUACAAGAAGCUGCUUUGACAAAAAAUCAUCCUGAAAUUCUACUCAUAAAGAAAAAUAUAGCAGGAAUGCUAUUAAUGCAAGGUAAGUACAAUGAUGCUUUGCAAACAUAUCAAGAAGUAUUUAAUAUUGAAAAAGAAAUUCUUGGAGAAAGUCAUCCUGAUGUUUUACAUACUUACCGUCAUAUAGCAGAAACACUGCGACUACAAAGCAAAUACGAUAAAGCAUUAGAAAUUUAUCAGGAGAUUUUAAAUAAAGAAAAAGAUAUUUUUAAUUUUGACCACCCAGAUAUCUUAAUUACACUAUAUAAUAAAGCACUUGUACUUGAUAGUCAAGGCAAAUAUAGUGAUGCUUUACAAAUUUAUCAAGAAGUAUUAAGUAAGAGAAAAGCUAUUUUUGGAAAUGACCAUCCUGAUACUUUAAAAAUAAGUAAUCGUAUUGGUAUAAUAUAUUCAAAGCAAGGGGAAUAUGAUAAGGCACUCCAACUCUACCAGAAAAUAUAUCAGUUUCAAACAAAUAAUUUAGGAGAAAAUCAUCCUGACACUUUAGCUACAAAAAAUAAUAUAGGUAUGGCACUUUACGGUAAAAAGGAAUACGAUCAAGCUUUACAAAUUUUCCAGGAAAUUUUUAGCAAGUUACAAAAAUUACUUCCUAAGCAUCCUGAUAAUUUGUCUACAAAGAAUAAUAUAGCGUUAGUACUUUUAAGUCAAAAUAAACAUGAUGAAGCUUUGAAAACUUUUAGGGAGGUACUUGUUUCUCAAGAAGAUAUUUUGGGGGAAAAGCACUAUAGUACUACAAUAACAAAGGAUAAUAUAGCAGCAAUACUUCUCAUACAGAGAAAACACAGUGAGGCUCUAAAAGUUUGGCGGGAAGUGUUUAAAGGGUUUAAUGAAAUUUUAGGGUCUGAACAUCCAGAUACUUUGAGGAUUAGUAAUAACAUACAAUCAAUAUUAAUGUCAUCUAAUGAUCUAUUAACUGCUGUAAAGAGAAAUAACUUCAAAAGGAUAAAAAGUUUAAUUGAGGGAGGUGGAGGAGACGUUAAUACUAAGGAUAAUGAUGAAAUAACAUUACUACAUUACGCUGUUAAUAAUGGCGAUAUAAAUAUUGUAAACAUUUUGCUCAAAAACGGAGCUGAUGUUACUCUGAUUACUAAUAAAGGUAAUACACCAUUACACAUUGCUACUUCUAAAGGUCACAAAGACAUUGUCGAAGUUUUGUUACAGUAUGUCAAUCGUAAUAAAUUAAACGACUUUAUCAAUGCUAAAACCACUGCUAGCGGUACUACAUCACUUCAUGUUGCAGCUAAGAAUGGUUAUUUUGAUAUUAUCAAGUUAUUAUUGAAACAUGGUGCAAUUUAUAACAUUAAGAAUAACGAAGGUGAAACACCAUUUAAUCUUUCUAAGGACCAAGAUGUUAAUUAUAUACUGAAAUUAACUGAAGAAUUAUUUGGAGAUGCAAAAAAUUAUAAUGUUGAUAUUAUCAGCAAGUUAAGAGCAGUAAAACCUGAUGUGUUUGUAGCUGUGGCAAAUGCUCGCAAUAUUCAGGGAAAUACGUUAUUGCAAGUUGCUACAGCUAAUAAACACAAGAAUAUUGAGAGUAAAUUGUUAGAAAUAUUAGAAACAUCAGACCAAAAUUUACAAAAUGUCAAUAUAGAAACUAGAGUUAAAAGUUUAAAAUUUUAAAUGACGCUGUUGAAAUGUUUAUAUGUGAUCUAAGUUAAUAUUGUGUUAUAUCUAAAUCAGUUGCAACAUUUAAGUUUCAACAAGCUAUAAAGUCAAAUUAAGGAAAAAUAGGUACGGAGAAAAGAAAGUAUAAAUUUUUAAUAUGUGGGCUACUUAAUACUGUAAAUUAUACUUGCAGGUUUAUUGUCUCAUUCUAUUAGAAAUGUCUUUUAUUAGUUAAGGAAAGUUUAUAUAAAGCUUAGAUAGCUACAGAAACUUAAACAUUGCAAAAUAAUAAAAAUAUUAAAUAUUGAAGUUAGAUUGACUCAUACAUUAGUUAUCUUAUUAUAUAUCAACCUUUUGUCAAGGUAUAAAAAAUAAAUAGUUUGAGGGGUGCGUCAUGGAAUAUGAACAGUAAGUAGGCAUAUUAAGUACAAUAAUUACUGACAAUGAUUUAGUUGAGAGUAAUAUAAUUGAAAAAAUAAAAAAGAAAUUCAAAAAACGCGUCUAGAUACUAUACCGAGAGUGGGAAAGUUAUAAGUUUUUGACAUAAAUCAUAUAUUCAACUUAUAAGAUAAUGAAUCUACUUUGAAUGAUAUGUUUUGUUACAUAAUUAUAAUUAAUAUAUAUUAUAAUAUAUAAUUGUUCUACUGGUCAUAAAAAGACAACAGAAGUAAAAAUGAUAAGAGGGAUAGAUAUUGAUGAAGCGAAUCACAAUAAAUGUACUUUAUUAAACUUUGCUGCUGAAGAGGGAAAUACAGAAAUAGUAAGUAAAUGCUGCGACGUUGCGGCGCCUCUUUUGCUUCCCGGCGUUUCUCUGCAAGUCGCAAAAGAAAUCAGUCGUGGACACAUCGAAGCGUGCCAUUGCGCGGAUCUCCAGGAAGCAGAUUGAUAUAUUUAAGAUUUUAGAACUAAAUAGCCUGUUUGUUACAUUCUUGUAUUUGGCGCCUCACCACGAGCUUCGCUACAUUGGAAAGCGAUUAGGACCGCAUCGGAAGCCACCAGAAGUGCCACGGGGAUUCGGCGACUCGGCGAGGUGAUGAAUGCGACGAAUCAUGGGGCCGCUCGUGAGUUGCUGCAUCGCGCGACGAUUUAGCCUCCCCUGCAUAGCUCGCAGAAAAUAAGAUGCCGGUCGCAAACACAGACGAUAAUCAAGCAAAUGCAAAGAGCUGAUCGUCACUUCACGUUUGCGUUUGCGAUUUGUUUCUUGAGCUCUGUGAAUAUAAACAGGGCUGAGACUAUCGCUAUCCACAAAGGAGCGUCGUCAGAAGUUCAGCUUGGGAAGUGGACUCAGGAAAUUCGCGUCGAAGGAAUUCCGUUGGGGUGAGAGGACGGUCCGGAUGAUUCCAUCGGAGAUUCCCGCAGACCAAAGGACCCGAAAGGAGGAUACUCGGAAGGUAGAAACUGCCGCCCGAGGAUCAGCGAGCAGCUACAAGCCUGCGAACGUUUCAACAAUUCCACGACGCAUAUAAUCCUGAUAGAUAAUUGAGAAAAGAUGACGAGAUAAUUGGUUUGUGCUAUCCUACGUGUUAUAUAAGUGAAAGGGGCUGAUGCAGCAUCGAUAUUUUUAUGAGAAAUUUGCGAAAUACAGCUAUAUAAUUGCAGUAUUACGAAUUUCACUUAAACUCCAUCACAUUAUUUCAUAAAAGUUGUGUUAUCGGAGACCAGGUCAACAUCGAAACAAUCAAAAUUAUAUUGAAUCGACGUCAACAAAACGACAAAUAUAAAGCAUGAUCUGCAGUAUCAGCUAGACAAAAAUACGAUAGAAUUUGAGCAUGAGCCGUCGACGUAACGGCAAAAAAAAAUAACAGAGAAUGCCAUUUACAAUAUAAUAAUAAUAAUUAUGAUUAUUAUUUUAUUGGACGCAAUAGUUACAGAAUCGUAUAGAAAACAAAGAAUUAUCAAGGAAUUUGGUAUCUGAAAGAGGUGGACGCAAGAUGGAUUCGAGAAAUUCGCAUCAAAGAAAUUCCGUUAGAGGACGACAGGACGUUCCAGGUGAUUUCAUUGGAGAUUCCUGUAGACUAAAGGACUCGAAAGAGGACAUCCGGAAGACCGAAACUGCCAUCCAUAAGGAUUAGCAUACGCAGAUUACAAGCCUGCGAACGUUUCAACAAUUCCACAAUGCUCAUAGUCCUGUCGCGAAAAUAAUUGGCUCGUGCUACCCCACAUGUUACAUAAGUGAGGUGAUCGUGAUGGAUAUAGUAUCGACGAGAGAUCCUUCGCAUUCUUGCACCUCGACUGUCGCUGCUACGCUCUUCGAUGCCGUUCACAAGGAUCCAGGCGAACACGUGGCUGAACUGUGCGAGAUAUUGUAUGGAACGGUGAGGCAGCCCUUUUUUUUAUUGUUAAACCACGAACUUUCGUAGAGCCGAUCUCGUAGUGUCGAUUGUUGUUGAGGCUGGUUGCCUCGGUAAUCUCGCGUGAGAUUAUUGGUGGGCGGACCGAGUGGAAUCCGACGAGUGACGGGAUUUCGUGGCUCCGAGCAUCGUCCCUGUUGAAAAUUUCCAGGUGGAUUCCCGUAUAAAUCCAUAGGAACUUGUGUGAAUCCAUAUAGCAUAAUAAAAGCUCAUAUAAAAAUCCACACAGUGUGUGUACUUUACAGGAUACCUAUAAGAAUCCACAUAAUUUACGAAACUUCAUAUAGGAAUCCACAUAGAUUCUUGAAUUUUUGGCGCAAAUCUCUGUGGCUAACCACGGGAUCCCAUAUGGAUUCUUUAUAUGGGUUCCCACUUGGAUUUUUUCAACAGGGAUAGGUUUAAGAUAAAUGGGCGCAAGUCGAAAAAUCUUGAAUAUAGGCUUCCUGGAGACUGAAAACAGUAAUGUCUAAGGCUCUGCGUCACGAAUGUUGCGUAGCGUUAGGAUUGCGCUGUUAAUCUCGCGUAUAGAAUAAGAUUUCGUUGUAAAAUAGGGUAUCGCAUUGCGGGAACAUUCGGUCUUGUCGCAUAAUUGUCAUGUAGUUAUCGCGUUAUUCUCGUUAACCUCGUUCUCUUUUGUUCUUAACUUUUCUCUAUUCUUCCUGUUAGUUUUUUACGACUUCGUCUUACGUGCUUCGUCGUGCAUCGUCGCAAAUACCGCAUGUUGAGUUUAACCUCGACCAGCGUGAGCUGGAUCGAGCUUGGUGAUGAUGUCACAUAGGAAUUUCGCGAGCGUCAACUUACUAGUUUGUCGUUGUUCUUCGAACGCAAACUUAUCAAUUUGUCGUUGUAUUUAUCGCGCACAGCGCGACGCGUUUUCAGGACUGCGUUUCUAGCGACCAUUGAGAUGACAGCCCCGAGCACAAUUACCUGUAUAUUAUUUUUUUUGUUAGUUUUAAUUACUUUUAUAAUAAAUGUUAUAUUUUCUUUUGUUCUGUUUACGAAUUACGCUUCAAUAUAUUGUUUAUCCUUUCUGUUA